AAGAUUUUAGUAUAGUAAAUAAGCACAUGAUUAUAGUAUUAGGUAAAUAUAUUUGACCUAAAUGAAUGACAUUGCAUUUUUUUUUAAAUGCUCUUAUAAAUAAUGCAAUACAAAUUUAUAAAAUAAAAUAAAUAAAUAAACAGAAGCAUAAAACCCAAUACAAAUUAUGCAUUCAAAAAUAAUUAUCAACACCACUGUCAUUUUGGUUCAAAAGCCAAAUGAAAAAAUAUAUAUAUAUAUUAAUAAAUACAAAUGAAAAUGCCCUUACAGAUGAGUUCCAGACUCCAGGCAUUUUGUCCCUUGCUGAUUUAUGACACUUGUUAGAACAGAAUGGAAUUAACCUACAAGCUUAUUCUAAUGGUCACAUGGUAUGGCCACAUAUAUCUCCAAAGUGACUUCUUAUGAUUGGUUAUUAAGCAUACAGAUCAUACAUCUGUUUAAAUGUCAGUCUAAAACAAGGCUAUAUUAGGAUUGCAAUGGUUAUGGUUCUGCUCCAGUGUAGCCAAUUACAAAGCAUCCCAUGGUAGUACCAUAGUAGUUUAUUGCUGUAAUGAGAAGCCAUUCUCCAUUCCCUUUGCAAUAUUUUUCAGACAUGUCUUUAUAGUCAGUGGUCUUUGGAGAGUCGCCUGUCAUCUCCGUCCAAAUCACAGGCAGCAUCCUAUCCGGUGUCUCCACGAGCUCAAGGUCCUCCUCCUCUCCUCCUUCUCUCCUCCAGUCUUGGUUACCAUGGCGAUGACGUCAUCUUGCACCACAAGCUCAGCCCAGUAACGAAGUUCAGAGGCGGGCGUUAAUCUUCGAGCGACAGAGACGGGCAGAAAAAAGCAGCUCCUCCGUUAGCGUGAGGCAGAAGACAGCCUUCGAUUCCUGCAUCCCCGCCAUUGUCCUUCCUGCAGCACCAUGCGCGAGAUUGUGCACCUGCAAGCCGGCCAGUGCGGCAACCAGAUCGGAGCCAAGUUCUGGGAGGUUAUCAGCGAUGAGCACGGCAUUGAUCCAACCGGAACAUAUCAUGGAGACAGCGACCUGCAGCUAGACAGGAUCAGUGUUUACUACAACGAGGCCUCAGGUGGGAAGUAUGUUCCCCGUGCCAUCUUGGUGGAUCUGGAGCCUGGCACAAUGGAUUCAGUUCGUUCUGGACCCUUUGGACAGAUAUUUAGACCUGACAACUUUGUGUUUGGUCAGAGUGGUGCUGGAAACAACUGGGCCAAAGGUCACUACACAGAAGGAGCAGAGCUGGUGGACUCAGUACUGGAUGUUGUUCGUAAGGAAGCAGAAAGCUGCGACUGCCUGCAAGGCUUCCAGCUCACCCACUCUCUCGGCGGAGGCACUGGCUCUGGCAUGGGCACCCUCCUCAUCAGCAAGAUCCGCGAAGAGUAUCCCGACCGCAUCAUGAACACCUUCAGUGUGGUGCCCUCGCCCAAGGUGUCUGACACCGUGGUGGAGCCCUACAACGCCACGCUAUCCGUCCACCAGCUGGUUGAGAACACUGACGAGACCUACUGCAUCGACAACGAGGCUCUUUACGACAUCUGCUUCCGCACCCUCAAGCUCACCACACCAACCUACGGCGACCUCAACCAUCUCGUCUCGGCCACCAUGAGCGGCGUCACCACCUGCCUCCGCUUCCCCGGCCAGCUCAACGCCGACCUCCGCAAACUGGCCGUCAACAUGGUGCCCUUCCCACGUCUGCACUUCUUCAUGCCCGGCUUCGCUCCCCUCACCAGCCGAGGCAGCCAGCAGUACCGCUCGCUCUCCGUUCCCGAGCUCACUCAGCAGAUGUUUGACGCCAAGAACAUGAUGGCCGCCUGUGACCCCCGUCACGGCCGUUACCUGACCGUGGCCGCCGUCUUCCGCGGACGCAUGUCCAUGAAGGAGGUGGACGAGCAGAUGCUGAACGUCCAGAACAAGAACAGCAGCUACUUCGUCGAGUGGAUCCCCAACAAUGUCAAGACUGCCGUGUGCGACAUCCCACCCCGCGGGCUCAAAAUGUCUGCCACCUUCAUCGGCAACAGCACUGCCAUCCAGGAGCUGUUCAAGAGAAUCUCGGAGCAGUUCACCGCUAUGUUCAGGCGCAAGGCUUUCCUGCAUUGGUACACCGGCGAGGGCAUGGAUGAGAUGGAGUUCACCGAGGCCGAGAGUAACAUGAACGACCUGGUGUCCGAGUACCAGCAGUACCAAGACGCCACCGCCGAAGAGGGCGAGUUCGAAGAGGAGGGCGAGGAGGAGGUCGCCUAAAUCUCAACCGCCUGGCCUGCCGCAGUGUCCCUGCCACUCCAUCCCCCAUAUUUCAUCCUUCUCUCCACAAACCAGUGCUCUCCAGAACAAUGAAUGGGUUUUCAUAUUCAGUAUCCAUCAAUGACUGUCAUCCUCCCACCAGUGACAUUUUGAGGAAUUGUGAACUUUUGGUUUGGUUUUGUGUUUCUGAAUGUUGUGAAUGCACAUCAAAUCCCCCUUACAUCCAAGUGAAAUGCAAGUGAUUUUAACUGUGAAGCCUUUGGAUUUGAUAACGAUGCAACUGGUGUCAGUGUCAAUCUGAAUAAAGGCUACUACUACAUCUGAAUUGUUUUUUCGAAUAUCACAGAGGGUUUCAUGAAUGUUUUAAUUAACAUUAGUGGACACAAAUUAAUAAUUUAAGAUGGCUUAAAUUUAAAAUAAGACAAAACAAGCUAUAAAAAGAGGUAAAACAGCUGAAAAUGUGAGAUGAUGUGUAAAUUUGUUCCCUCAGCAAGUGUCACUUAUUUAUGAACCAUGGUUCUCGCGGUCUUUGAAAACUUGGAUAUAAAGUGGGUACAGAAAGUAUUCAGACCCCCUUACAUUUUUCACUCUUUGUUAUAUUGCAGCCAUUUGCUAAAAUCAUUUAAGUUCAUUUUUUUUUUCCUCAUUAAUGUACACACAGCACCCCAUAUUGACAGAAAAACACAGAAUUGUUGACAUUUUUGCAGAUUUAUUAAAAAAGAAAAACUGAAAUAUCACAUGGUCCUAAGUAUUCAGACCCUUUGCUCAGUAUUUAGUAGAAGCACCCUUUUGAUCUAAUACAGCCAUGAGUCUUUUUG